UAUCUUAUUCGGGUGAUGGUUGCACAGUUGUGUACUUUUUCAAAACUCAAUGCAUUUCGCACUGAAGAUCUGUGUAUUUUGCUGUGAGAUAUAAUUCAAUAAAAGUAGUUGCCUGUAGGGAAUAAAGAGUACAUGGGGCUGCCUUUUUCAUUAUAAACCUUAAGUAUUUUUUAAAACCAUACACAUUAAUUUGGCAAAAAUUUAAAUGCAAUUUAAAAUAGCUUCCCUCCAAUUCCAUCUUCACCAAGCACGUUCCUUCGCCUGCAGCUCCUGCCCAGACUAAGCAAAGGGACCCAGGUAUGCAAGGAUUCCUGUCGGCUCUGCUGCUGUCCGUUGACUGUAAACACUUACCUGGUUUCUACCUCAGCUGUACCCAGCGUUUGGCCAAGGUGUCUGCGUCUUCCUGCAGGGGCUGAGGACCAGAUUCCAGAUCUCGCCAUCAGGAAGCACAUCGGGGCACGAUCCGGUAUUCCCUAAGUGGCCAAGAUCCAGGUUCCAGUCCAGAGUCGGUCGAAGGCGAUUUCAGAGCGGCGGGUCCUUUCAAAUGCCGCAACCAAUCACGGCGCAGCUUCUUCCUGUCCUUGCGGCCAAUCAUCGGCCGCCGUCUACCACAGGCAAAGAGAGGUACUUGAAGUCCCGGGCCUGUGCUUCUGUCUUGAAAAGGACUCUUCCUCUCCUACCGGCCCCUGCGGCUCAAAGUAAACCCUAAAGCGGCCAUGGUAUUUAAGGGCAAGUGCGAAGAUGAGGCCAGGGAAACCAGAAGAGCGCCAUAUUUGAUGUGAUCAAGGAAUCGCGUCACAGGCCCUUAGUGACAGUUGAAGCCAGGAUGUCGCCAUAUUUUCUGAAGGCACCUUCCGGAUCUCUUAACCCGGCUCUUUAUGUUCAGGCGGCCAUGAAGUGAAUAAACACGAAGAGGUUUUAUUUGUCUCCUACCAGAAUACCCGAAUUCCUAGCAACCAGUCCCUGGUACUUCGAGGUUCCCCUAGCAGGUUCGGACGCCAAGCCUGGGCGGAGCCCCGACCUGGGCAGCCUUUCCUGUGGACCACGAAACCUGAGGCCUGGAUCGGGGAGGCGGUGGCCCGGGGACCAGGCGGCUGCUGCCCGGGGCGGGGAAGCCCCAUGGCGCCGCCUCCGGCCCCGCUUCUGGUGCAGAGACCGGGGGAGAUCCGGCCUGGUUGCAAGAAGCCAGGGGCCGUGCGGUUCGUGGACGUGGCCGUGUACUUCUCCCCCGAGGAGUGGGCGUGUCUGCGACCCGCGCAGAGGGCCCUGUACCGGGACGUGAUGCGGGAGACCUACGGCCACCUGGGCGCGCUCGGAUUCCCGGGCCCCAAACCAGCCCUCAUCUCUUGGAUGGAACAGGAGAGUGAGGCUUGGAGUCCUGCCGCCCAGGAUCCUGAGGAGAGGGAGAACCUGGGAGGAGCUCCAAGAGAAGACGCCCCAAACAAGAAGAAGGAAGGGUCAGGAGCUGAGGGGUCCAGAGAAAUGCCUGGGAACGAGCUACCUGAAGAGCUAGUUAAACACAACUCUGACUCGACUACCAACAGAGCCUUGGUGAGAGCACAGCCUGCCCUGAAAGCUGCCUGGGACCAGACCGGCAGUGCACAGACUUUGGUCCCAGUGUCCAGCAUGGACGCUCAGACCAGCCAGCGGCGCCAUGUGUGUGCAGACUGCGGCCGCCGCUUCACCUAUCCCUCGCUGCUGGUCAGCCACCGGCGCAUGCACUCAGGCGAGAGGCCCUUUCCCUGCCCUGAGUGCGGCAUGCGCUUCAAGAGGAAGUUCGCUGUGGAAGCACACCAGUGGAUCCACCGCUCCUGCUCUGGGGGGCGGCGAGGCAGGAGGCCUGGGAUCCGGGCUGUGCCUGGGGCCCCGGUCCGAGGUGACCGGGACCCGCCUGUGCUGUUCCGGCACUAUCCAGACAUCUUUGAGGAGUGCGGCCUGCCGUCCUACAGUGACGCCCCCCGAAACUACUUUCCAUCACUGAGGCUUCGAGGCCGAGUCCAAAGUGUCCCUUCCCGGAGGAGGGAAGCCCAUGGCGCCAGUCCUAACCCCACUCCCACAGACGUACCCGGGAGGCCGGGCCGGGCGGAGGAAGGGAAAGUGGCCCACGGCGGUGACCUUCGCGGACGGAACCGUGUGCUCCCUCCCCUACGAGGGGUUCCGCCCGCGCGUCUGCGGCCCGCGCAGAAGGCUCUGUGCCGGGACGUGAUGCGGAGAUACCUACGACCUGAGGUCUAUAAAGUGGAGAACAAGAUGGUCAAGAUCUCCAAGGAGAGAGGAGGCUUGAGAGAAAGUCAGAAAGCUCGCGAGGCUCCGCAGUCUGAGGCUCGGCUAGGGGAGGUGACUGCCCCGUCACCGGGGCUGGCGGUUCCCAUGGUGCCGCCUCUAGCCCCGCUGCCCGCCGGGGAACCAAACGGGGCCCGGCCCAAGUGCAGGAAGGCCGAGCCCGUGAGCUUCGCGGAAGUGGCCGUGUACUUCUCCCCCGAGGAGUGGGCGUGUCUGCGGCCUGCGCAGAGGGCGCUGUACCGGGACGUGAUGCGGGAGACCUACGGCCACCUGGGCGCGCUCGGAUUCCGAGGCACCAAGCCAGCCCUCAUCUCCUGGGUGGAGGAAGAGGCCGAACUGUGGAGUCCGGAUGCCCAGGAUCCGGAGGCAGGAAAGGAUCUGAUAGCAGACACAGCAGAUUCCAGAAACAAGGAGAAAGGACAAAGGGAAGAGACAGAGGCACUGGAAAAGAUCCUUUUAAUGGCUGCUCAGCCUCCUGCGCUGAAGGCUGUCAAACCCCCUCCUGCUGUGUUCCCUUAUGGUUUGGAACAGCCGUCCAGGGUACCUCAUCGAGGCCGCCCCCCACUUUGUGCCCACCCCCCUGUACCCCGAGCAGACCAGCGUCAUGGCUGCUAUGUGUGUGGGAAGAGUUUUGCCUGGCGCUCCACCCUGGUAGAGCACCUCUACACCCAUACGGGUGAGAAGCCCUUCCGCUGCCCUGAUUGUGGCAAGGGCUUCAGCCAGGCUUCCUCCCUGAGUAAGCAUCGGGCCAUCCACCGUGGGGAGCGGCCCCACCGCUGUCCCGACUGUGGCCGGGCCUUUACCCAGCGCUCUGCCCUCACUACCCACCUACGAGUUCACACAGGCGAGAAGCCCUACCGCUGUGCUGACUGCAGCCGCUGCUUCAGCCAGAGCUCUGCCCUCUACCAGCACCAGCGGGUCCAUAGCGGCGAGACCCCCUUCCCCUGCCCAGACUGUGGCCGUGCCUUCGCCCAUGCCUCAGACCUUCGGCGCCAUGUGCGCACCCAUACGGGCGAGAAGCCUUACCCGUGCCCAGACUGUGGGCGCUGCUUCCGGCAGAGCUCCGAAAUGGCAGCCCACCGGCGUACCCACAGUGGCGAGCGCCCCUACCCCUGCCCCCAGUGUGGCAGGUGCUUCGGCCAGAAGUCAGCCAUGGCCAAGCACCAGUGGGUCCAUCGGCCUGGUGCUGGGGGGCGCAGGGGCCGCCAGAGUGUCAGUGGGUUGCCUGUGCCCCUGGUUUCUGGUCAGGGGGACUUGGACCCACCUGUAGGCUUCCAACACUACCCAGAGAUAUUCCAGGAGUGUGGGUGAUGGCCUUGAAGGUAACAAGGCAGAGAGUGAAGAUGUAGACAUUGCCUGAGGCCCAAGGUGGGCCGUGGGGCCUGAGCCUCUGUGAUGGCCUCCAAGGAGGACACAGAAUUUCUGGCAAGAGCUGGACCUGGGUGAUGAGGACGGUCUUGUUUUCAGCCCUCACUAGCUUGACCUGCUGCCACUGUGCUCCCUUCUGCCCCAGACUCUAGAAGCCCCAUUUGCUGAAUUAGCCUCCUUUGCUGAGGUGAGAACCACCACGAGACCUCCACUGUGCAGAAGAACAGGCUGUUCCUCAGCUCAGACAUGUUAAGAGAAUUGGGGUAGAAGAGAAUCUUAUUUUACCCAUUGUCUUUCUACUUUAUUGCAGAAGUUAAAAACCGAUGGCCCCUGUACUGAAUCAGCCUUUGGCUGCCUUUUUUUUUUUUUUGGCCCAGAUGGCAUUUUAAAAUGUUAUGAAUUAAUGAUAAAGAUUUAAAAGUUGGGAUAUUUCAUAGAAAUCCAGGUUUCUGGCUGCUCUUGAAAAGUCCAAAGAUUUGGCAACUUCGCUUAAACUCUCAGAAAACCACAGCUGGCAGGUGCGAGUAGCAGCUGCUCUCUUUUGACAGAAUCUGUGCUCUCCAGUUCACCAUGACUCGGCCACCCGCAUAACCACCUGGGGGAAGGACAACUUGCUUUGGAGAGGACAGCUCAGUCAGGAGGAGGCAGUCAGGACUGACUCUUGUGCCUUCAGACCAAGUGGUAUUUCUUCCAUACCAAAGCCCCACUCUUACCCUGUUUUUGAGGGGGAAGGCCCUUAGAGCUCCCUCCAGUCCUCCUUGGGCCUCCCUGUGAGAGCUCUAUAGCUCAAGCCUUCUUAGCCACCCUAGACACAGCCAGGAGGGCCUCGUCACGGUUUUGAAUUGGAAGAGCUCUUAGUCCCCUCCCCCUUUUUCAUUUGGGGUCACUGAGACCAGGGGAGGGCAAGCAACCUAUCCAGGGCUUUAGUUCACUGCUGCUUUACCACACCACUCCUGAAUUCUUUCUAAGUGUCUCAGGCCCACUCCCUGGGAUGACACCAGGCAUUGACCUGGACUUGGACUGACCAGUUUGCUGUCAGCAAAGACCAGGUACAAGAUGAGCGUGAUGAAACAGCCUCAUAACAGGCCAAGGCAAGGGAGAAGCCAGCCUGAGAUGAGCAUUCCAGGGCAAAAACAGAGCUUGCACUAUCACUCUCUUUAGGUAGCCACCAUCAUGAACAAUGGGGGACCAGGCCAGGAACGUUUGUGGUUAGCUCCGUAGUCAGAGGGGACUGUAUCCAUCUAUUCCCAAGCUCUGCAGAGAAUCCCUCCCCUACCACCUUAUGAUUUAGUUAUCCAUCUACCACUAAUCCCUUCCUGGUCAGAGCCCAGUUUUGUCCAGGUGACAGAACCAGCCAGCCAUAGAGAGACCCAGUCCUGUCUCUGCUCAGGAUAACCCUUCACCUCAGAGACAGCAGGAGCUUCUGUCCUUUGCUGGCAUGUGUGCAUCUGCCCUAUUCACCCAACUCAACCGUGACCUGGCCUGUCUUGGAGAGGAAGAAACCAGAUUAGUUGUAAGCUAGUCGUGUUAGAGGUCCUUAACUUUAGGAGGGGAAAUCAGAAUCAGCAUCGGCACAAAGCUGAUCCCUGUGAGGUGGAGGUCAGACAUACCUCCACUCUCCCAACUUUUUUACCAUUGUGACACCAGCAGUCCUCCCCAGGGUACUACUUGUCUGCUGGGUUUGAUCAUUCAUUGCAGUGGCCACACACUACUCACAGACCAUACUCACGGUUAUAUGGUUUAUUAGGGAAGUAACAGGCUACAACUUGGGAUCAGGAAUAACCUGGGAGACAGGAUACAAUUCGUCAGUCGGGACAGCUUCCAACCAAGACAGCUUUCAGCUCCUUCUCGGACAUGCUAGCUGGCAGGCCAUGCUUGGGCUUUUGUUGCUGGCACCCUCUAGGGCCUGGCCUCUGCUGCCAGCCACUCUCAGGCAAGUGGUACAGUUCUUUUGGCUCUGCAGUCAAGUGCCCAGAGGUGACACACUCUGCCAGCCAGCCUCCUACCCAAAGGCACUCAGUUCUCUCACUCCGUAGGCCAGGAAGUCCACUGCAGCUGUCUUACACUGGUCUCCUGUUUCUUGCUGCCUUCUCGUGCCAUCUCCAGUGUUACCACUCUGUCUCCUGGGUCUAGGAGGUUCUCAGAGCUGGGACCCUGGAUCCAAAGGACACACUCCACUCCCAGCUCUCUUCGAUGGUAAUGAGGUCCGUCUCCAAUCUCUGUGGAAUGAUCCUUUUAAGCCUAGCAGGAUGGCAAAACUGCCCAAUCCCCCAGGCAAGCCACAGUCAUCUAAUUUGCUUAGUAAUCAACCAAUCUCUGCAAGGAUUUUUCAUACCUUAUUUGCAUAGUAAACUGUUCAGUUCCUUUGCAAGAUUUUGGUCUAGAGAAUCAUCUUGGCGGAACUACAAACCCACGGCCAUAAAGGCCAUAUAUAAAGAGAAACUCAUUGUGCUACAUUAGUUAACCUGGAGAAACUUCUAAAGGGAGAAGUAGAAAAUUUGAGGAAAAGACACUGUUUAGGUGGAGUAAUGAGCUGACUUGACGCUGACGUAAUAAAUCUGACCCCACAAAGGUCUCCCUUACCCUAUGCUUUUCUGAGAAAGGUUGAUCCCUGUGCCACUUGGUCACAAAGGGGACAUGGGGUGAGAAGAAGCACCUUGGCAGUAGGCACUACCUCAAUGCCAACUUUUGAGCCCCCAGAAGAGCCUAUGAAUAACCCCUCCCCUCCCCUAGCCCUCAGCUUUGCCCGGGUAAAGCCCAGUUUGCAGCACCAGUACUCAGCCCAGAAUC